AUGAAAGAUAUUAAUAAAAGUUUAAAACCAUUAAAUAUUAUUGAAAAAAGUAUUAAACAAAAACUUGAAAGAUAUAAUGAAGAAAUUAUUAAUAAAAGAAUUGAAGAAUUUGAAAAAAUAAUGAUUCAUGAAGCACAACUUAUUAUUCAUAAAAAAGAUUUAAUUAAUAAUAAUUUAAUUAAAUAUAAACGAAAUGCACAAAAUCUUAGUAAAAGAAUAUCUAAAUGUAAAGGAAAAUUAAGUCCUAAAUUUUAUAUGAGAAGAAAUAAAAUUUAUAAUAUGAUUAAGAAAGAAGAAGAAAAACUAAAAUUAAUUGGUGAAGAAGCUAUUAAAAAAGCAAGAAACAUUGAAUUCUAUUUACUUGAAAUGAAUCGUCUUUUCAAAAGAAAAUCAAAAGCUGAUCAUUUGAAAAUUAAAAAUCUUCUUAAGUUGAGAGAUACAAUUGUCUGUCAAAUAUCUCGUAAAUUCUAUGACAACAACAUUAAAUCCCUUACUAAUCAAAUUAAACUUAGACUUCAUAGAAAUAAACACAUUAAUACUAUUCUAAAUAAUCUCAUUAAUGAAUUAAGAAAUCCUAAUGGUAAAUAUUUAUUCUCUAUUCUCAAUAACACAAAUUCUCUUAAUCAAAUUUGUUCCAUUUGUGAAAAUAUCGGAAAUUAUGUCAUUGACAAAAUCGCUAAAGGUACUCCUCAUCUUCUUCUUACUAAAAAUGUCCUCAACUAUUGUCAAUCCUCUCCUAAUGAAAGACUUUGUUUAGAAAGUUUCAUGAAAAUCCAACUCAUCGAUUUAUCUCAUGAUUUACCUGCUUCUGGAAAUCAACUUUGUACUUCAUUAGGUUUCUGUUCUAAAAGCUGGUAA